GAGAGAGAGACACAGAGAGAGGUCUGUUUGUUUCAGUCUAUUAUAUGUCGGCUUGUUCACAUAAAUAAAAAAGCUGUCUUUGCUUUGCUUUUAGCUUUUGCUUUUGCUUCUGUUUUGGUCUCUGAAUUCUCGGCGAUAAGUCAGUUUUCCAGUUUCUGCUUUCCUUUUUUUUCUUUUUUUUUCCCUGAUCCCAGAGUGAACUGGGAAAAUGGGGAGUCUCAUUUUUUCUUUUUUUUUUUUCUUUUCUUGUUUCUGUUUAGUUGAGUUAUAAAGUUGGAAUUUCGAUUCCUUUUAGCUAAACAUUCUGAUUCUCUCUUUCUAUUUUUCUUUUGGGUUCUUUGAGUUUUGAUUUUCUUUUUCAUGGACAAGAUUCAUUCUCUGAGAUGUUUGGAAUUUUCGAAGAAGGGAAAAUAGCUGAGAAAGGAAACUUUUACUACCUUUGUUUUCCUUGUUUAGUGGGUAAUUGAGGGUGAGUUAGUUAGCUAGGGUUCGAGUUUGAUUUCCUAGAUUGAAUGAGAUUGUUUUAGCUUUUUCUGAAAGGCAGUAAAGCUGAUUCUUUUAAGUUAAAUGAUGUAUGCUGCAAUUCUUGGCGAUAGUUUUGGAGUUGGAACUGGGCAUGUGGUGAAAAAAGUGGAAAUUUGAUGUAGUCUUUGUAUCGUAAGUAUCUUUGUGGAAGAGAACAAGUGGUUGGAUUUGCUAAAAAGAAAAGUUUUUCAGCAUUAUUACUCUACAAAAAAAUGAAGGUUCCUCCAAAUGGGUUUAUGGCGAAUUCUGCAGAAGGAGAAAGGAAGAGUAUUAAUUCAGAGCUAUGGCAUGCCUGUGCGGGGCCGCUGGUGGCUCUACCUCCAGUUGGAAGUCUUGUAGUUUACUUUCCUCAAGGCCAUAGUGAGCAAGUUGCAGCAUCAAUGCAAAAGGAGACUGAUUUCAUACCAAGCUACCCCAACCUUCCUUCAAAGUUGAUUUGCAUGCUUCACAAUGUCACGCUACAUGCUGAUGCAGAAACUGAUGAAGUCUAUGCCCAAAUGACCCUUCAACCUGUAAAUAAAUAUGAUAAAGAAGCAUUACUGGCAUCUGAUAUGGGCCUCAAGCAAAGCCGGCAACCUACUGAGUUCUUCUGCAAAACACUUACGGCUAGUGACACAAGCACACACGGUGGAUUCUCUGUACCUCGACGAGCAGCUGAGAAGAUAUUUCCACCUCUAGACUUUUCAAUGCAACCACCUGCUCAGGAGCUGGUAGCCAGAGAUUUACAUGAUAAUACAUGGACGUUUAGACAUAUUUAUCGCGGCCAACCAAAGAGACAUCUGCUCACCACAGGUUGGAGUGUCUUUGUUAGUACAAAAAGGCUUUUUGCUGGUGAUUCUGUUCUAUUCAUAAGAGACGAAAAAUCACAGCUUCUCUUGGGGAUAAGGCGUGCUAAUAGACAACAGCCAGCUCUCUCUUCAUCAGUCAUAUCCAGUGACAGCAUGCAUAUUGGCAUUCUCGCUGCUGCAGCUCAUGCUGCUGCAAAUAACAGCCCAUUUACUAUAUUUUACAAUCCAAGGGCAAGCCCUUCUGAGUUUGUGAUUCCCUUCUCAAAGUAUAACAAAGCAAUGUAUACACAAGUUUCACUCGGCAUGAGGUUCAGAAUGAUGUUCGAGACUGAAGAGUCAGGAGUUCGUAGAUACAUGGGCACAAUUACUGGCAUCAGUGAUUUGGAUCCAGUGCGAUGGAAAACUUCACAGUGGCGCAAUCUUCAGGUUGGAUGGGAUGAAUCUACUGCUGGUGAACGGCCAAGCCGAGUUUCAAUUUGGGAGGUUGAGCCUGUUGUGACUCCUUUCUACAUUUGUCCACCACCAUUUUUUAGACCCAAGUUCCCUAAGCAGCCAGGAAUGCCAGAUGAUGAGUCUGACAUUGAGAAUGCUUUCAAAAGAGCCAUGCCCUGGCUUGGAGAUGAUUUUGGCCUGAAGGAUACGCAAAGCUCAAUUUUCCCUGGUUUGAGUUUAGUUCAGUGGAUGAGCAUGCAACAAAAUAAUCAGUUUCCAGGUGCGCAAGCAGGAUUCUUCCCGUCAAUGCUUCCUUCCAAUACCUUGCACAAUAACCUAACCACUGAUGAUCCGUCGAAGUUACUGAAUUUCCAAGCCCCUGGCCUAUCUGUGCCAAGUCUCCAGUUUAACAAAGCAAAUCCACAAAACCAAGUCAGCCAGCUAGCACAGCCAUCUAUGGCAUGGACCCAACAGCAGCAGCUGCAGCAAUUAUUGCAGACUAAUAUCAACCAACAGCAGUCACCAGUACCUCAGCAGCAGCAGCAGCCUCAUCCCCAACAACAACAACAGAGGCAGCAUCCACAACCACAGCAACCCAGCCAACAGCAACAGCCGCAACAACAACCUCAGCAAAUACGGCAACCACCUCCACAAGUACAAUUGCAGCAGCAGCAGCAGCAGCAACAGCAGAUAUUCCAACCACCUGUAAAUAAUGGUGUGAUUGCCCCUAACCAAAUUCCAAAUCAGAGUAUGCAGCAACCAAUUGUAUACUCUCAGCUUCAGCAGCAACAGCAGCAGCAGCUACUGACAAGCAAUACCCAAUCACAAAAUAUUCCUGCUGCUACUAAGGGUUCAUAUCAGCUGACUUCUUUGCCACAAGAGACACAGUUCCAGCAACAAAUGGAGCAGCAAUCUAACCUUACACAGAGACACCAGCAGCAGACACAAUUGCAACAGUCCCCGCUGCAAUUAUUGCAACAAAACCUGUCACAUCGAGCACAGCCACAAACACAACCACAGCAUCAAGUACCACAACUACCACAGCCUGGCCUCUCUGAGCAACAGCUUCACUUGCAGUUGCUGCAGAAGUUGCAGCAGCAACAGCAGCAUCAGUUGCUUUCCCCUACAAGCUCACCAUUGCAGCCUCAGAUGAUACAGCAACAGCAGAUGCACCAACAAAACCAGCAGUUUCACCAGUCACCACUUUCACAGUCUCAGCAGCAACCAAUAAGCAGUAACAGCUUCUCAACAGCUGCUCUUAUGCAAUCACAAUCUUUUCCAGUGAGCCAGCCCCAAGGCCUGCAGAAGUCACCUACAAUAAUUAGACCCCACUCAACUCUUACAGAUGGAGAUGCUCCAUCUUGUUCAACCUCUCCCUCCACUAAUAAUUGCCAGAUUUCUCCUUCAAAUUUCCUGAACAGAAACCAACAAGCUCCAGCAUUAAUGAUGAGUGACUCAGUGGUUGAGCCUGCAACGAAUCUGGUUCAAGAGCUCAAUGGCAAGUCUGAUAUUCGGGUUAAACAUGAGUUUCCGGGUUCAAAAGGGGCUGAUCAGUUAAAAUACAAAGGUACAAUGACUGAUCAAUUGGAAGCCUCCUCUUCUGGAACAUCAUAUUGCCUGGAUGCUGGCAAUAUCCAGCAAAAUUUCUCAAUCCCCACCUUUGGUCUGGAUGAUGUCCAAUCGCAUCCCCGAAACAGUCUGCCCUUUGCAAAUAAUAUUGAUAGCUUAGCACCUGACACUUUAUUGUCUAGGGGAUACGACUCUCAGAAAGAUCUUCAAAACUUGCUGUCUAAUUAUGGUGGCACACCAAGGGAUAUUGAGACGGAAUUAUCCACUGCUGCAAUAAGCUCUCAGUCAUUCGGGGUGCCAAACAUACCCUUCAAGCCUGGAUGCUCUAAUGAUGUCGCCAUCAAUGAUUCUGGAGUUUUGAAUGGAGGACUUUGGGCCAAUCAAACUCAACGCAUGCGAACAUAUACAAAGGUUCAAAAGCGUGGCUCUGUAGGAAGAUCUAUUGAUGUUACCCGUUAUAAAGGGUAUGAUGAGCUUAGACAUGAUCUUGCCCGAAUGUUUGGCAUUGAAGGACAACUAGAAGAUCCGCAAAGUUCUGAUUGGAAAUUAGUUUAUGUGGAUCAUGAAAACGAUAUACUACUUGUUGGCGACGAUCCGUGGGAGGAGUUUGUAAGCUGUGUUCAGAGCAUAAAGAUAUUGUCAUCUGCUGAAGUCCAGCAGAUGAGUUUAGACGGUGAUCUUGGUAGUGUGCCAGUUCCAAAUCAAGCUUGCAGUGGGACUGACAGCGGAAAUGCAUGGAGAGGGCACUAUGAUGAUAACUCGGCUGCCUCAUUUAACAGAUAGGAGUUUCAGAUCGAGAAUAUCAGCUGUGACAGACGCCGGUUUUAAAUUAACCCUUACAGCAGUGGCAGCGUCGACUAGAAUGACACCUACAAUUCAGAUGAAAUCUCUGAGCCUUCCUUGAGGUUGACAAAAGGAAACAAUUACUUGGAGGAAGACUUGGUAGCCGCGGACACCUGUGCUGCUGGAGGCUUUGUAGAGUGGUGGCACUAUGUUCUGCAUACGUAGGAUGCCCAUGCUAGCAUAUAGGUUUCUUGCAACUUUUGGCUCUUCAAUGCUAGAUGGAGGCAUUGUGAUGACAUACUGGAGGAGGUAGAAUUAAGAAGUACAGUGGAGAGCUAAAGGAAUAGGUGUAUAAUGUGAUCUUACCUAAUUUGAAGCUUAAUCUGAUAGAAACUUCCUUGUAAAUUUAAUUAUUGUUAACAAUGUCUCAAUUGCAGAUUUUGUUGCUUCUGUUGAACAGUGUUUGCUGUAACGAAUGAAAUGAGCCAUCAGGCAAACCAACUUUGCAUAAA